AUGUCCAGACAGCGAUAUGAAAUACUCCUCAAGUUCUUCCACUUCAAUGACAACAGUCAGUGCCCCUCAAAUUCUUCUCCGGAUUACGACCGGUUAUAUAAAAUUAGGCCGCUUCUUGAUUACCUGUCAGAAAAAUGUUUAACGGUUUAUACCCCCUCUGAAAAUGUCUCAGUUGAUGAGUCACUUGUAAAAUUUAAAGGAAGGUUACAUUUUAAGCAAUUCCUUCCAUCCAAGCGGGCCAGAUAUGGCAUCAAACUUUACAAGUUGUGUGAAAGCACAACAGGUUACACUUCUGCAUUUCGAGUGUACCAAGGGAGGGACAGCGAAUUAAACCCCCAAGGAUGCCCAGCUGGUUUAGGAGCAAAUGGAAAAGUUGUCUGGGAACUAAUGGGUCCUCUGUUACAAAAGGGAUACAAAUUAUUUAUAGACAAUUAUUACACAAGCAUUCCCCUUUUCCAGAGCCUGCAAGAAGCAAAUACGGGAGCAUGUGGCACAUUCAGGAGAAAUCGCAGAGGUUUUCCACAAUCCCUGCUGGCAAAAAAACUACAAAGAGGACAAUCUGAUGCCCUUCGUAGUGGCAACCUGCUGGCACUACGCUACAAGGACAGAAAAGAUGUACUUAUGCUAAGUACGAUUCACACAGAAGCCACAGUGCCAGUUAGAGAAAGGGGGUCAACGACCGAUAAACAAAAACCGACUUGCAUACUAGAGUACAAUAAGUACAUGGGGGGCACUGACCUGUCUGAUCAGGUACUUAAACCAUACGAGGUAAUGCGCAAGUCCUAUGUAUGGUAUAAAAAGUUAUCAAUCUAUUUGCUACAGAUGGCAAUGUACAACUCCUAUGUGCUGUACAAAAAGUCUGGGGGAACACAAACAUUUCUUUGCUAUCAAGAAAUAGUUAUUGAGAAAUUAAUGUACCCCAUUAGAGGCCCCACCCUACCACUGGAAGUAGAAGAAAUCAGGAGAUUAGUUGAAAGGCACUUUAUUGCAGCUAUACCCCCAACACAAAACCAAACACAUCCACAAAGGAGGUGCCGUGUCUGCUCAAAAAGAGGCAUCAGACGAGACACAAGAUACUUUUGCCCUGACUGCCCCUCUCGGCCAGCACUGUGUAUUGGAAACUGUUUUAAAGUGUAUCAUACACGGGCACGCUUUUAA